AUGAAUGGCCGUGAUCGCCCAAGGGGCCCUCCGCGAAGCGACCUACCACCUCAAAGAGAUCCGCGUCGAGGUGGUGAUGGUCGCAAUGGUGGUAUGCCCGCACCUGGGGAUGGGACAAUGUCGAGGGCCGAAAAAUUCGAAGACGAAAAGAAACGAAUCAUUCAGAGUUGUUUCUCAAAGAAAGACAAUGAUAAUACCUUGAUUGAAUCCUACAUAACACAUGUUCGAAUCACGGAGGAUGCUGCCUACCCAUCCACCCCGGCACCACCAACUUCACCCCCCGAAAACAAGAAGCCACGAGUGAUAAUUGUUUCAGUGAGGAGGUCUGGUAGGGUUCGGAUGCAUAAGGCUAGGGAAAAUAACGAUGGGUCAUUUUCCAUAGGCAAGACGUGGAUGCUUGACGAUUUGUCUUCAAUUCAAUCGUACAGUGCAUUGUCACCGUCAUCCCCAAUGGAACAGCAGCAGAAGCAGUGGGCAUCGAAUCUUGGUUUUCUGGUAUCUGUGGGAAAGCCUUACUAUUGGCAUGCUAGAACCUCCAAGGAAAAGGAGUUCUUCAUCGGCAGUCUAGUGAAGAUCUAUAGGAAGUAUACGGGGGGCAAAUUGCCAGACCUUAUAGGGUUCGACGAUCGUGAACGACAGCUACUUUCCGGGUCGCCGGCUACUGGACCAGUGGCAGUGGGACCUUCAAGUGCGAAUGCAAGAGGUCCUACUCAAGGACCCGCACGCCCUGAGGUGGCUAUUCCACCACCGCGCCCAGGCUCCCCACAAGGCGCUCGGUCUCAGUCGCCAUACUCGAGUCGUGCACAAAGUCGAGACGGACCUCGUCGAUUGCCCUCCGAAGACCAGGCCUUACGAGCUCAAAGGAGUCGAGAGCACAUGUCGAGGCCCUCAACGGGUCAAUCUGGGAGAAGUGGCCCCCCACCGUUUGCGCCGCCUCAGCAUCCACCGCCGCCGUUUCCUGUUGAUCAACGAAAUCAGCCACCGCCGCGUUCCACCGAACGUGUUGCUCCUGAAAAUAGGAUGCCAAAAGCCCCUAUGCAUUUACCACCUGAGCCACCAAGGGAUAAGGAUGUUCCUAGCAGCCUACUGACUUCACCACCUGCAACGCAACGGGACAGGCCUAGCGGAGAUUUUGAGGAAAGUACAUCGAUUUCUUCACACCAAGAAGCCAGGCCACCAUCAUCUCGCGAUGAGAGGUCUCUUCCUGAACCCAGGCCCAUGCUGCGCACACAAGACUCAAGCUCAAGCUCUCCCGAUACCAGACGCAAUAAAGAUGGCCUUCGGCCGAAUACCCCAAGAUCAAUCCCUACUGAUAACAACAAUAUAACGCAAAGUCCAGGAAGUAAUAGAGGGCCAAACGGGGACCCUGCAAAAUCCCUGGCACCAGAGGUACAAGCUGAGCCUCGCGAUAAUAUGACCUUGGCGAGCUCGGUCGGUGUGUCUUCUGUAAAUGUGCCUCCUACAUUGAAGCCUGCUUCGUCUAGAGAUGUCAUUUCUCCAAUUGCAGCUAAUACGACGACAACCCCGUCUAACACCAAAGAAGCAGAGCCUGACGAGCCAGUCCCAGAUAGCGUUCCGAUUUCCCCCCCAUACAGCCCACUCGAGCGAUCUACAGCAUCGGUGGAUGGCGAUCCAGAUACACACCGUCCCGGUCUUGGUCCAAUGAUUACGAAAAAGCAAAGUAAAGAUGUAGUAGGAACCUUUCUCAAGCCUGCAACUACUCAAGGUACUUUCAAACCUAGACCGGGUGGCGCAGGUGAGAGAUUAUUGGCAGCUGCAAAGAAGCAACGGGUCGAAAUGACUGAGCCAGACGGGAUCACUGGUGUGGUACCGGCGCCAUUCCUUCGAACGAAUACAGACCCCGCAAAUACGACAGUACCUGGGACACCAGAUAAGGAAACCCCUCCCUCACCAUCGCCAAUCGCAUCUCCUGCAAAGGAACCACCACCCGUUGAGGUGAAGCAGGUGGCUGCAGUUGAGACUCCUACGAUAUCCGUCGAUGCCCCAGAAGAGCCCCGAGGUACUUCAAGGGCUGCUGUCAAGGUUUUUGUGGAUGAAAGAACGGGGUCGGUGUCCCCUUCGCCUCAUGAUCGUCGUCGCAGGCGUCAUCAAGACAACACAAUCAAAUAUUGUCAAGCACUUGGUAUUGAACCCAGUGUACUAGAAGGCCGUGGUGUUGACUUCGACGACAUACUGACUGACCUCGGUUGGAAUGGGCGCUUAAAUGACGAAAAUAAAAUCGAAGACCUUGAGGCUGAUAUCCGUCGCGAAAUCGGGCGUGUAGAGGCUACCAGCUGGCUUGGUAACCUUGAACAACAAGAAGGGAAAGUUGAUCAGCUUGCUAGGUUGAUCGACAAAACUGUCGAGGAGUGCGAAGAGCUGGAUAAUCUUCUCACUCUGUACUCCCAUGAAUUAAACACCCUUCACGAAGACGUAUCAUAUAUAGAGACGCAAUCUCAAGGAUUGCAGGUGCAAACUGCCAACCAGAAGCUCCUUCACAAUGAGUUGCAGAAUCUAUUAAAGACCCUUUCCAUCUCUUCGACUGACCUGCGGUCACUGAAAGAGGCCUCUUUGAGCAACCCAGAUGGACUGAGAGACACCGAGACUGCACUGUCCACGUUAUACAAGGCUAUGGUUAUGAUUGACUCCAAUAUCUGGCAGAACAAGAAACGACUUGUUGACAAUGCAGGCGAUCAUCUCAGCGUGGGCGUGUACGCUGACACAGAAAUUGGACAGAUGCGUGCCAUCAAGGAGAAGAAAGAGGAGUACCGCUUUCAGUCUCACACAUUUCUGCAGCGGCUCAAGCAGUUCAUGGCAAUUGCUUACAAGGUUGCUGAGCAGAAGAGGGUUGAUGCGGCGUCCAGUGGCACUAAAGAUCCUCGAAAGCUAGACAGUGAGGCUAGAAGCCACUUCCGGAGGGAGCUAUGGAUGUACAAUGCGUUGAUGCUCUUUGCGAGAGAAGUUAGUGGAUCGGAAUGGCAGGCCUUGAUCUCUCUUUAUGAACAACAGGCGAGACUCCCGUACCAGAACGAGUUCCGGGACAACAUCCUAGCGUGGAAAAGAGCAGCAAGAAAGCCCACAGGAGAGGAGCAGGAACUCCUGUUUACGCAUCAAGAGAAGGAGAAGGAGAACGAGAGUAUCGCAAUGGCAGCACGGAAACUAACCGUGAGAAGAGGCAAAACCAUGAAAGCCGCAGCAGGUCUCCGGCUCUCCUUUGGCGACAAGCAACACGGAAAGCUCGAGCCGUGUGAAGCAUUUGCGGGUACACUCCACGAAACGUUGAAUAUGAUAUCGGAGGAACAAAAUUUUGUCCUUCACUACUUUCACCUGAGUUCCCUUUCAAGCAUCGACUUCCCGGACCUAGUCGCCUCGGCAAACCCCGAAGACCGCCGCCUGCCGGACUUCAGGACCAGCCAGUCGCAUGACCCCGACCGGGGAAUGGCAAAAAAGGUCGAACAUUUUAUGGACGAGCUCUUUGCGUUUUGGCCGACGGAUAUGCAAAAUCUGGUGGACUGGGCCCUGCACGCCGAUCCAUUACAGGGAAUCGGCAUUCUGUUCGCUCUGGAGAAAGCCAUGUCCAAGUUCGAUGAAACCAACCAAGACUUCGUCAUUCACUCCCUUCAAAAGCUCCACUCGCGCUUGGUUGGCCUGUUCAAUCGCUUCGUAGAUGAGCAGAUUCGUGGAAUUGAAGAAACCAAGGUAAAGGUAAACAAGCGGAAAGGAGUUAUUUCGUUCAUUCGGGUCUUCCCCCAUUUCUCUACCGCUGUGGAGAGCAUGCUCUCCCAGCCGUCCCAGGAAUUCUGCGACAUCCGAGUCAGCGUGAACGAGGCAUAUAACCGCAUUAAUCAGGCCAUGUGGGAAUCCCUGAAGUUCAUCGCUAAGGAGGCACCAGGGCAAGCCACUGGGACGGCGGCCGCCUCGGGUGACCCCGAAGACAAAGAGAUUCUCAAUUACCACAUUCUUCUAAUCGAAAACAUGAAUCACUACAUCGAGGAGGUGGAUGUUCGGGGCUUGCCGGUUCUAGAGAAAUGGCGGGAUCUGGCACAUCAGGUUCUCCGGGAACACAUGAAGCUCUACCUGGACUCCGUUAUCCACCGACCACUGGGUAGGCUACUUGAUUUUGUGGAGUCAUCAGAGGCGUUAUUGGCCGCCAACCACAACCCCACAAGUAUCGCCAGCCGCCCCAGCCACUCCCGGUCGGCGGCCAAGAAAGUGCUGACGACGUACGAUGCAAAGGAGAUCCGGCGAGGGAUUGAGCUGCUCAAGAAGCGAGUCGAGAAGCACUUUGGGGAUGCAGACGACCCUGGCCUCAGCCGAAGCCUGGUAAUGAAGGUGCUGCGAGAAUGUGAGGGCCGGUACGAGGAAGCGUAUGACCGGACACGGCGAGUUCUCAACACUGUAUAUGACGGGCAGCUGGACCUUGAGUGGCGCAAGGAGGAUGUGAUAGCGAUGUUCAAGAAGUAA